AUGGAGAUGCCGUACGGGCUGCCGCCAGGCUUCGAAUUCCCGCCUGGCGCGCUCGCGCCCUCGCCAGCCGCGAGCAAUCCUUCUCUGAUGCAGAUGCCGCCCUCCUUUGCGCAGCAGGACGGGCAUCCGCCGCACUUUGCUUUCUCUGGAUACCCACCCCUCCACCUGGCGGCUGCUGGGGCAGGCAUGCCGCUGCCGGUCGCCGGCAGGCCGGUGGGUGUCGCAGCCGCGCAUCCGCUGGCGGCAGCCGGCGCAGUGCCAGAGGCAGAAGCCGCCGCCUCGAAACAACAAAACGCUCACCACAGCACAGCUGCCGGCGGCAGACCGCACGAGGACCGCGACAGCAGAGACGGCGGGCGGCACGAAGGCCGAGGGGGUGGCGGCAGAAGAGAGGAGCGAGAGAGGCCGCUGGGGCCGGAAGGCGCGCGGAAUCUGUACAUCCACAACGUCCCGCGGGAUGCUUCUGAGGACGACGUGCGACAGUUCUUCUCAAAGUGCGGAGAAGUCGAAAACGUCUUCUUGAGAGUCAACCAAAAAAUCGGGCCAAACGCUGUCUACGCCUUCGUCCUGUACAGACACCCCGAAGACGCGCGGAGGUGCUUCGAUACCAUGAACGGCGCUCAGUUCGGCGGUCGCUGCAUCCGCGUAGAGUAUCAGAGAGGGCGGCGAGGAGGCGCGGGGGCGGGGCAAGACGGUCACCACGCGGGAAGCAAAGACAACGACGCGGGCAACUCGAGCGCGGGCAGGAACGAUCACGACUACCAUCGGUCCUCUGAGUAUGCCUCGCGGGAGUCUUGGAACCGCAGCGACCGCGAACGCGACAGAGGCGACGGCGGCAGCGACAGCCGCUGGCGCCCGACGCCGAGUGGGCGCGGCGCGGGCGGCGACCGGGACGACAGCCGGAGGUCCCAGGAGCCUCGAGGCGGCAGGGGCGGCGACAGAGGCGCCAGCAGCCGAGACGACGAUGGCCGCGGAAGCAGAUAUGCAGAUGAGCACGGUCGCCGCGGGUCACGCAGAGGCACGACGACGGAUCGCGCAAGUCGCGACAGAGAAACAACGCAGGGCGGCGCGUGGGCGCGGCAGCCGCUUUACCUCAGUGCGCUUCUGCAAGAGCGAAAGCCUCACCUGCGCAUUCCGUCUAUGGGCGGCAAAGGUGCGCCGGCGCCGACCCUCGCGGGCGUCCCACCAAGCAGUCCGCCGCCGGCGAGCACAGGCUUCGGAGGCGCCAGGACCCCCGAGGGCCCGCAGGCAGCGGCAGACCGACCGCCCGCGAGCCAGCCUCUCGCGCCGCAACUCCCUCCUGCGACGGCCGGCGCCUCGGUGCUGGGUAGCGCCUGGGAGUGGACCCUGGGGCGGAACGACAAACGAAGAGUUCAAGUUCGCGCAUCUCUCUGCCGCGGAGAAGUCCCCGCUUCUCUAGUGCACCUCUCGGGCUUGUUGAACGUGAGUCACCGCAGCAAGUGGGAAGAAGUGGCGGCCAAGACCAUCCACGCGGUUGUGACUCUCGAAGCUGCGCACCCUGACCAGCAGGUCGCUCUCGACGAAUACAUCAGUUACUUCACCUCCAAGGAACGCGCUGGCGUCGCCAACGCGAGCACGCACUACGUUUACCUCGUGCCGCCCAGCUGCAGUCUCUUCGCGCGCUACAAAUGCGUCCUGCCCGCUCGCCUGCAGCAGGCCACAAACUUCCUUCUCGGGCUCGUCGGGCCGCAGUACAGUUCGGCAGCCCCCAGCGCGCCGGCGGUCGCGGAGGGCGCGCAGCCCGCGCCUGCUGCGGCCGCGCCGCAGCCGCCGCAUGCGGCUCAGCAUGCCUUCUCAGAGUUCCAGGGCGGCGUGGCGUAUGCGCCAGCAGCGAGCUCGGCCAACGCGCAGUCAGCGAGCUUGAUGGGUUUGCCGCCGUCGCACCAGCUGCCUGUCCACCCCGCCCCCAGCGCGGCAGCGGCCCUUCCCACGACGACCCCAGCUCUUGACGCUUCCUUCGCCGCGCCUCAGCAGCCAGCGCCAGCUCCCGCUGCGGCCGCUUCAGGAGCGGGCGGCGUGCCUCUCGCUGGCCUAGGUCAGGGGGCGACCGCGAACUGGAUGCAGCAGCUGAGCACCAUGGCGGCCUUCCUGGGGGGAAAGAAGUAG